CGACAGCGAGAGUGAAGCCACGCCCCCCCGAUUUCAAGGGAGGUCACUCCGCCGAAGUCCGUCAUAAAAAUGAUAAAAAUGGCUACGCGAAUCGGUACGCUGGAGGAUAUUCCCGACGAUUUCGGUCCAAAUUACUUGAAAUGCGAACUGUCAUUGAGGAAGAAACAAAAGGCGAAGGCGUUUGUUAGUGGCUGCUAUCUGGAAAAACUGAGUAUAACGUUAGAACAUGGCGAGAAAGUUCAUUUGCGGGGCGAAAUAUAUCCAAGCCAGAGGAAACUGGAAAACCGACAUGUUGUUGAUGUUGACAUCAGUCCGCUAAACAAAUGCAUCGUCGAUGCGUACUGUUCUUGCAAACAAGGGCAAAGUGGGACAUGCUCACACACAUUAGCUGUGGUUUCAGCCAUUGAGCAGUGGAAAAUCGCUGGCUACAAAGAAGUUCCUGCUUUACUGUCAUCCACAAGUAUUCCACAACAGUGGGACAAGCCUCGUGGACCAAAAGUCAAGGCGGAACCAGCAUCGUACAUGAUUUUCGCCAGUCCAACUAAUAUUGGUCGAAAAAGGAAACCAAUCAUGGCCCAAUUUACAGACAAUCGAAAAGUCAAAUUAAUGAAUGACCACAUUCAAGAUCUGCAGCUAUUGACAAGCAGCCCAAUCUCUUACUUAGUGGAAGAAAUUGAUGAGAAUACUCCAACUGUUGAGACUCCACUUGGAAAUCAAGUUGUUGGCAGUGGACUUGCUUACCAUGCUCCUCUAAUGCAGUUGGUGCAUGCAGUACGAAAUGAGACAGGGUGUGGGAACUUAUCAUUGCCUGUAGACCGUGCCUUAAAUGAGGAAAUUCACGUUUUGCUGCAACAAUAUGCCCAACACUGGCAGGAUUUAGGGCUUAGUUCUGAUGAAAGCAGGGAACUGGAAAGAUCUACAAGGCUUCAAGCAAGUUCUAAGAACUGGUUUAGUGAGCGCCAAAAGCGAGUGACCGCUUCAAACUUUGGGGCAGUUAUGAAUAGGAAGAAGGAUAUAAAUGACGCCUUCAUGAAAAAUACUUUUUUUCGGAGCCAGUUUGUUUCCAAAGCAACCACGUAUGGCCAUAUAAAUGAGAGAACUGCGAAAAUAACGUACAUUAACAAGACUGGCACCCACUUGCAUGAUGUUGGAUUAAUAGUAAAUUCCAAAUUCCCAUUUCUAGGUGCUUCACCAGAUGCCAUUGUCUGUGAAAAUGGGAAAGUAGGACUAGUUGAGGUGAAGUGCCCUUACUCAGCUAGAAAUUUGUCCCUUGAUGAAAUACUCAAUGGAAAUGUUCCAAAUUUCUUUUUGAAAAAAGUAGGGGGAAGUGUUGCUUUAGAAAAAAAACAUAGUUACUUUUUCCAAGUGCAGGGCCAGUUGUUAGUGUCAGGAUUGCAGUUUUGCGACUUUGUCGUGUAUAUUAAUGACAACAUUUAUAUUGAAAGAAUUGAACCGGACGAGUCCAUCAUGAAUUCUUUGUUAAGAAAAUUGUGUAUAUUUUAUUGUGAACACUUCAAGGCAUAUUCACAGAACCAGAGUAAGAAAUAAUUCCUUACCAGUCGACUUCUCAUUCGUUGGCGGCUCCGGGAUCUCAGAUCUCACUGUUUCAGUAACUAUAGGUGUCUGUGGUGAUACAUGUAUCAUUUCGUUUGAACUGAAACAUAUAAAUGCAUUUUUUUAAGAAAAAAAAUUGUUUGAUUCUUUAGUCAUAGUGAAGCAUUCUUAGAUGAAUACAAA